UGAUGUUUAGUAUAUUUUGUUACCGACUUGAGUUGCCGCCAAUUUUUAGCCUAAAAAAAUAAUGAAAAUUUAACCCGGUGUUAAAUUUCAUAAAUUAUUUAUUUUUCCUAGAUAUUUAAAUCACGAAAUAAUUUAAAAUAUAUAAAACAUGUCAAAUAAAUAUUUUGAAGACUUAAAUUUAUUAAACAAUCAAGACUUCCAUGGCAUAACAGAAAAUGCCGUUUUUCCAGAUCACUUAAAUGAAGUCGAAUAUCAGCCAAGAACUCUGAUAGACGAAACGUUGGAGAUAAUCGAUCCUACACCAAAUGUUUACACGAUGUUCGUGCAAUUCAAUGAAAAAUUUUUUUGGAAUGAGUUGGUUGCUGUCCAAGUUCGAUGGAGCACUCGAAUGACAACAUGUGCUGGCACGUGUUCAUUUCACCCACGCAAUCGUGAGUGUGUUAUUUCCCUGAGUGCGCCUUUACUUAAAUUGCGACCUAGGAAAGAUUUAGUUGAAACUUUACUGCACGAGAUGAUUCAUGGUUAUUUAUUUGUUACCAACAACAACCGCGACCGAGAUGGUCAUGGUCCUGAAUUUUGCAAGCAUAUGGAAAGAAUAAAUCGCGAAGCUGGGACUAAAAUUACGAUUUAUCAUGAUUUUCAUGAUGAAGUACGUCUGUACCAACAGCACUGGUGGAGAUGCAAUGGACCUUGUCAGCACCGGAAGCCCUACUUUGGAACAGUGCGUCGUGCAAUGAAUCGCGCGCCUGGACCUUCGGAUUUCUGGUGGAAAAAUCAUCAGCAAACUUGUGGCGGUGAGUUUAUUAAAAUACGCAAGCCUGAUGUUCAUAAGCCUAGAAGUAAAAAGUCUAAUGAACUUUCUAAGCCGUUGCCAAAGCAAAAUACUCUAGAUAAUUUUGUCCAGACGAAAUCACCUAAAAAUAAAGUAUCAGGAGACGGUGAAAUUGUACUGCUGGGUAGUAAAACUAAAACAGUAAACAGUAAAACUAAAACAGUUAAUAGUAAAACCGUAUCAGGAGAUUCUAAUAGUACAUCAGAAGGUAUUAAAAAACUUGGUAACAAAACAAAUAAUGUCUUUGGUUUCGGUACCGGUGGUCCUGGUUCUACAAGUUCAAAUCCAACACCAAAUACUAAACCAUUUACUUCACCAAAACCACCAGCCAACCGAGUCAAUUUUUCUGGUACACUAGGAGGAAGUAAUUCUGGUAAAAGUAAUUUGCUAACUCGUUUUAUGUCACCUGGACCAAAGUCUAAUCCAGCAUCAGCUGAUAAAUCAAAAGAAGCUGCUGGUAAAAACGAACCUCAGUGCCCUAUUUGCAAUAAAACAAUUCCUGAUGACAAUAUAAACCAACACAUUGACUUAUGUUUGGCUGCCAAUGACACUGAUUCAAAUCCGCCAAGAAAACGUCCAAAAGUUGAAUCAAAAGAUCACGAGUGUCCUUUUUGUCAUGAAAAAUUCGAAGCAGACUUGAUUGAUCUCCACGUGGACGUCUGUUUAAAUCUAGACUCCACAGCCGAUAAUACUGCAGCUCCACAAGUACUAAAUAGCAGCAGCGAUAGUUCUCACCCAGGAGAUUCACCAGCAAGACCCGAGACCAAUCGUAUCAAUUGUCCGAAGUGCAAUAAACCUUUUAGAAGUGAAUCGAUAAAUGAUCACUUGGAUGCCUGCUUAAAUGAAGCCGGAGAUCUAGCUCAGCCAUCUGACAAUUCGUAUGUCAAUCUCACAAAUGACGAUAUUACGGAUCUAACAUUGUCUCCCGCUAAAUCUAAGACCGAAACCAUCGAAUGUGUCACAUGUGGGCGAUACAUAAAUAUUAAACAGUACAGCGAUCACUCAGAUGAGUGUUUGAAAAAGGCCAAGCACAGACUUGAGAAAGAUCUUGGCCCCGUUAUCGUCAUUGAUGAUUCCGAUUCCAAACCGAGUUGCAGCAAAACAUCUGGAAGCAGUAAAACUCGUACUCGCGAUACUUACAAAUGUCUAGUUUGCGAUUCGAUGAUCAGCAAAGAAAUUCCACUCAAUGAGCACUUGGAGACCUGUGCGCUGAUCACUUUCGGUGACACGACUCUUGAUAGUCCGAAAGAAGUGGAGGCGCCAGCCAGCAUGGAGCAAAGAUAUCUCUGUCCAAUUUGUAACUUGAUGAUUAUUGGUAAAGAUAUGGCCGAACAUGUUGAUUGGUGUAUCACUCGUAAUGAUUAAUUACCAAUUAU